AUGAGUCCAUUCUUCAGAGGCGGAGUCCGCCCUCUGCGUCGGCAUCCACGGCCGUGGUCUAUGAACCCACGGUUGAACCCGGAUAUCGCCAAGGACGACGCACAUAUUGAUGAGAAGGGCGUCCUGGAGACCACCGAGAUCAAGCUCCCCGUCACAAACAGCCUCUACGGCCGGCCCUCGGAGUUCGUGCCCGUGCCCGAUUCGCCCACUUCCACAGGCCGCCCCAUCGCGGAGGAGAGUGAGACCCGAGCACCCGUCGCCGAGACAGACGGGCCGCUCGCGGCACCUGAGCCGACAGCUGCACAGACGCCAGCUCAUGUCUCAGACGGCACGGACGCCGCCGCGGAUGACGCCGACGAUGAGCUACGCCGCAGCUCCGUUCUGUCGGAACAGUUCCCCAUCCAGCGCCACGAGGAUGAGGAGUCGCCGGAGGACAGCACGCCAAUCGAGCAAUUCCCCUCCCACAGCAACGUCCGCGACUCGGGGGCUGUCAUCCUGGAGUCACCCAUCAUCAACCAAUUCGUGGAGAAGCCCGGCCCCGGUUGGGGAACACUCAAUGCAAGCACGACGGAACCAUCCAACUCCCAUGAGGCCGAGCCGCCGAGCGCUGCUCAGGCUGAGCCAGUUGAGAGCCAUGAAUCGAGUGCCGACUCGGGUCCUGCAGAGCCGGUGAACGAUGCCGACGCCGAGGACGAGGACGCCACGCCCGUCCAGGAGGUUCCAACGGCCUUUGAGACGCCUUUCGAGACGCCCUUUGAGACACCUUUCGAGGCGCCGCUGAACAGGGAGCUCGGCGCCGCCGAGACACCGCACGCCAGCGGUGCUGCAGUGACCGGCGAGGACAAUGGGCGAGAUGACCAGACCAUCUCCAGCAAGGCCCCCACCGUCAGUGACGCGUCAGCUGCCGCUGGAGAGCCCCUGAUGGAUGAUUCGCAGCUCGAGGUCAGCUCUGAGUUCAAGCCCGAGCCUGCUGUUUACGACGGACCGGAUGAGCCCUUGAUUUCUGAUGAGCAGCUCGACGUUGAUGAUGAUUUCAAACCUCGAACCGCCGUAUAA